AUGGAUGACCCCUACCACAACAACGUGAGCCAGCAGGUGACAGAAGGUGGGGAAUACACCUACACCCAGGAUGGGAGCGGUCAAGAUGGCUACCCCUACCAGGCCGAUUACCCUCCGCAGGACGAAGACGCUCGCAGCGACGCCACGGAGGGCGCGGACGACGAUGAGCAGAUGUACGAGGGGGAGUACCAAGGCGUCCCCCACCCCGACGAGAUCAAGGAGGCACGGCGGGCGGCUCGGACGGAGGCCAGGAGGAAAGCCCGUCAGGCCGCCCAGCAGGAAGAGGAGGAGGACAACCUGCCAGAGCAGUACGAGACCAUCAUGGAGGACUGCGGCCACGGGCGCUUCCAGUGGAUGCUGUUCUUCGUGCUGGGCUUGGCGCUGAUGGCCGACGGAGUGGACGGCUUCGUGGUGGGCUUCGUACUGCCCAGUGCUGAGAAGGACAUGUGCAUAUCCAACUCCGACAAAGGACUGCUGGGUCUGCUGGUGUACGUGGCCAUGAUGGUGGGGGCGCUGGUGUGGGGCGGUCUGUGUGACAAGAUGGGGCGGAGGAAGUGUCUGAUCUACGUCCUGACCAUCGACCUGGUCUUCUCCUUCCUGUCCUGCUUCGCUCAGAGCUACGGCUUCUUCCUCUUCUUCCGGUUCUGCUCCGGCUUCGGAAUCGGCGGCUCCAUCCCGAUAGUGUACACCUACUACACCGAGUUCCUGCAGAUGGACAAACGCGGGGAGCAUCUCAGCUGGCUCUGCAUGUUCUGGAUGCUGGGAGGCCUGUACGCCUCCUUCACCGCCUGGGGAAUCAUCCCUCACUAUGGCUGGGGCUUCGCCAUCGGCUCCGAGUUCCAGAUCCACAGUUGGAGGUUGUUCAUCCUGGUGUGCCUCUUCCCUGCCCUGGCUGCACUCGUCGGGGUCGUCUUCAUGCCGGAGAGCCCCCGUUUCCUCCUGGAGAGUGCCCGACAUGAUGAGGCGUGGAUGAUCCUGCGACGAGUUCACGACACCAACUGGAAGGCCAAGGGGGAGCCGGAGAGAGUGUUCACUGCGACCAACAUUAAGACACCCCAGACCCAGGAGGACGAUUUCAUAGAGAUCCAGAGUGACACCGGGACGGCCUUCCAGCGCUGGACCGUCAGACACACGACCAUGCUGCAGCAGGUGAUGUCUAACAUCAUGUCCCUAUCAGCCCCAGAGCUCAGACUGCAAGGCCUCUUCCUGGUUAUUGUCUGGUUCUGCUUGGCUUUCAGCUACCACGGGCUGGGAGUGUGGUUUCCGGACAUGAUCAAAUACAUGCAGUAUGAGGAGUACGAGUCCAAGGUCAAAGUGUUCCACCGAGAACGGGUCGAGCACUUCCACUUCAACUUCUCUCUGGUCAACCAGAUCCACCGCGAGGGAGAGUACAUCCAUGACAAGUUUGAAAACAUUGAGAUAAAGUCUGUCAAAUUCGAGGAUUCUCUGUUUGAAAACUGCUACUUUGAGGACGUCAGGUCAACCAACACCUUCUUUGAGAAUUGCACCAUCAAGAACACUGUCUUCUAUAACACAGACCUCUGGCACGAGAAGUUCAAAGACUGUCGAAUGGAGAACACCACCUUCCUCCACCCGAAAAAGGGCUGCCAUCUGAACUUCCUGGAGGAGAACGACAUCGUCAUCUACAUGGUCAGCUUCCUGGGCAGUUUGGCUGUGUUGCCUGGCAACAUCAUCUCCGCACUGUUCAUGGACAAGAUAGGAAGAAUCAAGAUAAUAGGUGGUUCUAUGUUGGCGUCGUCUGCCUGCACUUUCCUGUUGCUGCUUAGUUUCAGUCAAGGAGCUGUGAUAUGUUGGCAGUGUCUCUUCUAUGCCACCAGCGUGGCGGCCUGGAAUGGAUUAGAGGUCAUUUCUGUGGAACUCUACCCCUCCUCUAAAAGAGGUACAGCGUUUGGUGUCCUGAAUGGAAUCUGUAAGUUCGCCGCAAUCCUUGCCAGCUCCAUCUUUGCAGCCUUCAUCGGCAUCACUAAGAUCGUCCCCAUCUUCCUGGCCUUCAUCGCCCUCGUCUGCGGAGGUCUGGUAGCUCUCAAGCUGCCCGAAACCCGGGAGAAAGUCCUCUCCUGA